CUAAAAUUCAUCAACCCUUCACUCAUUUUACAAGCACAAUUCAAUCAUUUCAAUAUAGCCCAAAAUGUUGACAAAUAAAAAACAAUGCAUCUCACUAACCCUACUAGUCAUUUCCCUCUUUUGUUCCAACACUUUAGCAGCAUUAUCUCCUGCCACGUCACCAAUUCAAUCUCCCCCUACCCAACCAAUUUCAUCCCCAACAAAACCCUUAGUCCCCACAUUUCCACCAAAUGACAAUACUACCCCUGAAACUCCCACCCCCACAACAGACAUAGUUCAAAUCCUAAAACAAGCCAAUUCAUUCAACAUUUUCCUCCGUCUCAUGAAAACAACUCAACUAAUCAACCAGCUCAACUCACAGCUCCUAACCAUAAAAUCCGGCGGCUUAACGAUCCUCGCACCCGACGAUUCAGCUUUCUCAGAACUCAAACCAGGGUUCCUCAACUCACUCUCCAAUGAAAAAAAACUUGAACUACUUCAAUUCCAUGUUAUUUCUGAUUUUGUAUCUAGCUCUAACUUUGAUACAUUAACCAACCCUGUGAGAACACUUGCUGGUAACAAACCUGGAAAAGUUGAACUUAACGUGAUUAGUUAUGGUGGAAAUGUGAACAUUUCAACCGGAAGUGUUAACACAACGAUUAAUGGAAUCAUAUAUACCGAUAAACAUCUUGCUAUUUAUAAAGUUGGUAAAGUGCUUAUUCCAUCAGAAUUUUCUCCUGCUAAGAAAAUUGUUGCUGAGGUUCCGGCUUUGGCGCCAGCACCAGCUAUUGCUGAUGCUAAGGCGCCGACGCCUGAAAAAGAAAAACCAUCAUCAUCUGAAGAUUCAACAACUUCGCAGGUUGUUCCUGCUGUGACUUCUAGUGCUAUGAGGAUUGACAUGUGUGGAAGUUGGGUGGCACUUGUUGUUGGAAUUGUCUUCAUCGGAGGUUUUUACAACAAAAACUAAUAGGUCGUAUGAUCUAUGUCUAAAUAUAUACCAAUAUUAAACAAGCUACACUAUGUUACAUUGAUGUUUGAGUGUUUAUUAUUGUGCAUGGAAAGUGAAAUUAUGGGAAUAUUUGUAUUUCUUGUAUGAAUUCAUUCUAAUAUAUAAAAGAGUCUUAAUAUUUGAUUCAAA